UCCAGCAGCUUUUCUACUUCCCGCUCUUCUUCUCAAACCCCCUGCCAGACGACCAUCAUGAGCUCCUCCUCCGGCGGCGGCGACGGCGGCGGCGUCGGCCCGAAGCUCCCUCAGGACGUCGCGGUCGAGAUCCUGAAGCGGCUGCCGGUGAAAUCGCUCCUCCGAUUCAGGUGCGUCUCCCGAUCGUGGCGUUCCGCCAUCGACGACCCUGCGUUCGUGGCCCUCCACGCUCGCCACUCUGCUCUCUAUGCCUCCAACUGGUACCUCGUGUGUCUAGAUUACCGCGGUGAUCUUCAGGAUAGGUGUUCUCUGGUUCCCCACGACUCUCUUACCCUGCCUUCUCUGUUGCGAGUCGAAACCCCUUUUGUUACUCCUCCUCCCCGCGGUUUCUAUUUCGUCGGUUCGUGCAAUGGUUUGAUUUGCCUCGCCGACCGAAAUGGCGAAGGGCCGUACAUGUAUCUGUGGAAUUUGUUCACCAGAAAGCACAAGGUGAUUCAAGUAUUCCCCUGCCCGGAGGAGCCGCAAUUUCGUUGCAAGCCGGCUGAUAGUGGUUUUCUAGGGUUUGGCUUCGACGCUGGGUCGAAUGACUAUAAGAUUGUGAGGAUUCUCUCUUUUCAAGGUGAUGAUCGGCGUUGGUUUGGUCGAGUCGGGAUUUAUUCACUCCGUACAGAUUCCUGGAGAAGUUUGAGGUGUCAGGUUCCUGCUUUUCACGAGGACAGCCAAGCGGUCUUCUUGAAUGGGAAUCUGCACUGGGUUGCUUUCAAGUUGGAUGAUAUGGGUUGUGUGAGUGAAGAUGCAUCAUUAUUCCUGUUUAACGUCGCGAGUGAGGUGUUUGAUGAAAUGGCUCUGCCGGAAAAUACGAGUGCCUCUUCACUACUGUCUGUGGCAGUGUUAAAUGACUUGCUGGCGGUGUUCUUUCGUGCAGACGCCUUUGAUGAUAAUGAUGACUAUUAUUCCGUUUGUUCUGUUUGGGUUAUGAGAGACUACGGCGUGCCUCAAUCUUGGACUAAUCUGUGUACUUUUCAGGUUGAUGAAGUGGUAGCAAGAUUUUAUGGCUGGAUGUGCAAUGGUGAGCUUCUUAUGGAAAUAGAUAGCUUUGACAUUGAAAAUCGAAUUUCUUUGAAUCCGAUCACACACGAAGUCACAGUGCUUCCAUUACCGAGGAUAACUGAUUUGAUCAUGGUUUUUGAGAAUCUCGUUUCACUGGAGAUAUGACUCGAUUGCUGCUACAUUUACUGGUUUGGUUUACAUUUCCAGAGACAUUGCUUCUUGAUUGUUUUCCCGGCAUUGGAUGAUCACUCUAUCCAUUCCAGUGUGCUCUUAGUUGUUACUGAAUCGAACAACUAGUUUGCAAUGAGUUACAACAUAGUAAUGUCUGUUAUGGAACUCGAAGAGGAAGAGACAUAGAAGAUAGUGAGAUAGUUAUAGCAUGUCUGUCCCUUAUUUGAAUUGCAUUGCUGAGCACAAAAGGCAGGUUAAAUCGGAGCCUACGUUUGGCAAUAGUUAGGACUCAUGCCUCCAUUGUAUGAUAAUGAUACACUAGAAUAUGAGUGCUAAGAAUAUUUGAAGUAUCAGUCGGUCGAGAAUAUAACACUGCCGAAAACCUUGUGCAAUCUAGCUUCAAAUGAUUCGUCUUAAA